ACGUCCCACCUUAUCUGCAACUCACUCUCCGACACUGUCCGCCCCCUCUCCAGCUUAGCCUUACUCCCACUCUCACGUACUUACGAACGUCAUGGCUGGCAAGAAGCGCUGUCAAUUCACCGCCGAGCAACAGUGCAACUCCGCUGCACUCCGUCUCGUUGGCUCAUGCCCGCACUGCAGACAUGAGUUCUGCGGCAACCACCGCCUCCCAGAACAUCAUAACUGCACCAACUUGCAGGACUGCAGACAGCAGGCUUUCGAGCGCAACAAGGCUAAGCUGGAGAGCGAGCGGACGGUGGCCCCCAAGAUGGCCAUGGCAUGAUGACCCUUCACCACUCCCCCAUUUAUCCCCCAUCUACCCGUCAUCAUCCCGUCCCACCAUAGCCUGCUAAUCAGGCCUUUAGUGACUGCAGACCAUAUCUCGGACACAUACAUACCACCAUUUAUCACGACUAUCUUCAUGUAUCAAGUUGUAUUUCUCCUCAUCCAGGAUUAUAGAGUCACGGUAUAAUAUUACACGGCAUAUUGUGCGGGUUGUGUACACCUUAUGUUUUGGACAUUGCAGCUGUCGUUUGCCAGCGUUCAUAAGAGCAUAGCAUGUGUCC